AUGGGCCGGAAGGCAACACAUAAUCAGAGUUGGAGCUACGGCCACUUCGGCUAUGGCAACUUCUACGGCAGCGCCUAUGGCUGUCACACUUACAGCCCAUAUGACUUCACAAACUACGAAGGCUGGGGCUGGGGCUGGAGCAAUGAGCCACAGCAUUACGAGCCGGGAUGGGCAAAGAAUGCCAAAGGCAGAUCCUCCUGGGCUCGGACGCAGGCUACGAAGCCGCCAUCCAUGGAUAUCGUCACGGAGUUCAUCAUGAGCCUCCCCGAGGUGAGAGGUAAGAGCCGCGCAGAAGUUGCGGCGCUGCUCACGCGUGCGGCGUCGAAGAUCGACGCCUACGAAGAUUAG